UUUUUUGUUCUUUGGCUGUUGCCAAUGCCAAGAUAAGGUUUUUCGAACAAAACUUUAGCAAGUCAUCGGCGUUUUCGAGGAAGGCUUUUAUUGGUUUGUAAAAACAUAAUAUCAGCAAUACUGCAAUAAUUAUGUCAGUUAAUAAAGAAGAUACACUGCGUCAGUUUUGUGACGUGACUGGUGCGGAUGAGGAACGAAGCAAAUUCUUUUUGGAAUCUUCUAAUUGGCAAUUGGAAAUAGCUUUAUCAAGUUUCUAUGAACACGGAGGGAAUGUGGACGAAGUACCCACAAAUCCAACAGCUCGAGCCUCACCACCAACAUUGUCAGAUAGUGAUAUGGAGUCACCCCCGGCAUCGCCAGCACGUCCCCAAAAAAAAGAUAAAAAGAAGAAUACAUCAAAAUUUGCAACUCUUGAUUCAUUACAAAAUGAUAGUUCAAGCCAAGAUGAUGAAGUGUUGAAAUACAUUAAACUGCAAACGGAAUUUAUUGUUCAAGAGUUCUUUUGUGACAAAGCAUCUUGCUCCAAAAAAGAUAAAAAGAAUGUAAAGUUUAAUUCAGACACAGAUAAAGAUCAGGAAAUAAUUAAUUUGAAAAAUGAAAUUAUUAGAUUGACAAUUGAAAAUGUUGAGCUGAAGAAUGAAAUAGCAAGACUAAAGUCGAAUAAAGAAUCAGGUCAAGCAUUUUAUGCGGGUGGUUCGGAAAGAUCAGGCCAGCAAAUACUGGGACCUGGUAAAGGAAGGAAAGACUUUGUCACUGAAAUGUUUAAGAGUGUGAGAGAGCGUGGGGCGGUGGCAUUCGACGACGAUCCCUCGCCAUCUGCUAGCAGAGGCCGUGCCAUAUUCUCUGGUGUCGGGUACAGGCUUGGUCAAACUUCAGAUGAUCAUGAGCAAAUCACUCCAACAAACACACAAUCCUCACAGCAACAAGAGCAAUUGCGCUCUGUUCGUCUACGAUUGUAUCGCGAGGGAUUCACCGUAGACAACGGCCCGCUGAGACUUUACACUGACCCGGAGAAUGCGGAGUUCCUCAACUGUAUAAGGAGAGGUGAGAUGCCGUCAGAGUUGUCUAGCGAGGGCGGCGGCGUGCGCGUCAGCCUCGAGGACCGCUGGCACGAGGAGUACUCGAGGCAGCCGCAGCGCCCAACACCGACGACUGUGGGAGCAACGGCGCCAGUAGCUGCAGAUCCUAACGACAGAGCGGCCAACCAACGAGCCGCCCAGGAAUCUGUCCAGUUGGACCACUCCCGCCCCCUCACCACUGUACAGUUCCGUCUAGCUGACGGUAGCCGUAUAACAGGUCAGUUCAAUCACAGUCACACCGUGGCGGACCUCCAUCAGUACGUGUCGAGAGCUGAACCCUUGUACCAGCUGCAACCGUUCGUUCUACUGACCACAUUCCCGAGCACCGAACUGACUGAUCCUGCAGCGACAUUAGCCCAAGCCAAUCUACUUAACACUACUCUCCUACAAAGACUGAAGUAGUCAUAGAAGCGCUAGUAAUUAAACUUUUAGUUUUGGCUCAGUGGCUUAGGCCCAGUUUUCUGAUCCAUGGUUAACUCAACCAUUUGUUAAAAUCUUUGACAAAUGGUUAAAUAUCAGAAAAAUAUGUUUUUUGAUUAAUAGUUAGCCUAACCAAUUGUCAGAAUUACAUACAACCAUUUGUCAAAAAACCAACAACCAACACUGGAAGCUAGGUUAAGUAAAUGACCAAUGGUUAAAAGAACAGAUGUACAACUGCGUUGUAUUUACUUGGUCUCUUGUUAUUGUUUUAUAUGUUGUUUUUAUAACCUACAUGAUUUCGUAGUGAAUUUGGACAUUAGCUUCUUUUGGGAUUUCGUUUUAUGAUGCAAUUUCAUAGGAAAAUAUUAAUUGUCAUUUUUGGGUUAUAGUGUUAUUGAAAAUAAGUUAUAUUUACAUCUUGAUCAUCCUUAGUAUAUUUGUACUAUAUAAAAUAUUUUUUCUUGUUUCCACGGGCGUAUGCCAAAUUAUUCAAUUAUUAAAAAUGUUGUAAAAUCCACGAAUAGACAAUACAAAAGGUAAAUAUGUCUACAGUACAUAAAAUACAUAGUCCUCGAUUUAUUUUUCAACAUUACAAUCCCACCUUGGAUACUAGAUACUAUACUCUUUUCACGUAUUUCUAUGUAAAGUUUAAAAUUACUGGAAAAAAAAAAUUCUUUAAUGCUUUCUAACAUUAUUACAGAAAUUGCCUUUCCUGAAAAAUAACACAUAGUGCACACAACAGAAUAACCAUAAACAUCCACACUGUUUGAUAAUCUAUAGAUUUCUUUCGUCUAUUUGAUAUUUGGAACAAAAUCCUAAUGUCAAAAAUGGUAUAUAGUUCGCUCCGUUCAUUCAAAUCGUUAGUGUUGUCACCCAGAAAAAAUUACCCAUGUCAAUGUAUAGCAAAAAAACGACUCAUUGUGCUGGCAACAAAUUGGUCAGUUUUUAACAAACUGACCAAUUUGUUGACCAAAUUGUCAACAAAACAAUUUUCAAUUGCCAAAUUAAACCAUAGCCAAAUUUGGUUAAAUUUGGCAAUUGAAAAUUGUUUUGUUGAAUGAAUGUAUUUAAAUCGUGUAAUGGUCUCGUACGUGAAGUUGGCAGUAAUGUGGUGACGCAAAGUGCCAUUAAAGUUAAGAAGAAGAAGAAGAGUAAACAAGACAGAUCCAUCAUCAUCUUUCAUUUAUUUCAUUUUCAUUUUACAUGUAGAAAUUAAUUAAUUUACUUGACAUUGGCAGAAUUGUGCGAAAUGCGCAGAUAAGCCAUUAAUAAAAGAAGAAGAAGAGUAAACAACUUGUUAAUGUUUUAACUAUAGUUAAGUUAACAAAUGGUGAAAUGUCAUUUGACUACGGAUCAAAAAACUGGCCCUUAAUACAAGAUUUAUUUAAUGAUCAAUGAUAAAUUCAAUACUGUUUGUAAAUUGGAACCAAGUGA